GAGCCCGGGACGCGCGCCGGGGCCUGCGGUCCGCGUGGGCAGGUGGGGCUGAGCCCGGUCAGAAGCAGGUGCUCGCUCGGUGCGGGGCAGGCCGUGCGGGGACCGUGACCCCGACCCUGCCGGCAGCUCAACCUGGGGAAACCCUUCCCCGCAGCGGGAGGGGCAAGCCAAGGGAAGUGGGUCUGCGGUGGAGCCCGAGUGGGGGAGCCGCCAAGACCAGGUAAAUUUCAGGUCCGCACCUGUAACCGGGGGAAGAGCCCCUCUUCUGGAAGUGAGGAUGAUGAUAAUAAGGUCUGCUUCUUGGCGCUUCUCUGGGUUAGCUGAGCUUUACAAUCUCCCAAGAGGUGCAGAAAAUGAACACAUCUCAGAUUGUUCCAUUAUGUUGUAUCUAAAAAGUCAUCACCACACCCAAGGGUAUUGCUAUACAAAACCAGAAGUGAUCUUAAGGUUGGAGCAAGCAGAAGAUCCAUGCUUGUUAGAGAAAGAAUUUCUAAUCAGGAGAUCCUCAGAAGACUGCCAACAUGAUAACCUCGUAGAGAAGAGCCAAGAAGUCCAAGACAGACAUUUGUGGCAAGUUUCAUUUGCUCCUUUUCAGAGAACUGACACAGGAGGGCAAAGUUUCAACCAGGAGUCACGCUUAAGAGUAAACCAGGGAAAUCACGCAGACGUGACACCCUUUGAAUGUGGACAAAACUUCAGCCAUAAUUCAACUCACACAACAGAGAAAUUCUGUGAUCAUAAUAUAUGCAGGGGAACCCUCAGCCACCAGUCAGCCUGCAGUGUAUGAGUGUAUGUCAGAGGACUCACACAAGGUUGAAACCGUAUGAGUGUAGUGAAUGUGGAAAAUCCUUCCGUAAAAAAUUGUGCCUCCUUAUGCACCAGAGAAUUCACACAGGGGAGAAACCUUACAAAUGUAACGAAUGUGGGAAGGAUUUCAGCCACAAGUCAGACGUAUGGAAACAUGAAAUAACUCACACAAGGGAGAGACCUUAUGAGUGUGUUGAAUGUGGGAAAACUUUCAGCUGGAAGUUAGGCCUGAGACUACAUCAGAGAACUCAUACAGGGGAGAAACCCUAUGAAUGUAGUGAAUGUGGAAAAACAUUUGUCCAGCAGUCAGCUCUCAAAACACAUCAGACCAUUCACAAAGGGGAGAAGCCUUAUGAAUAUAAUGAGUGUGGGAAAACCUUUGCCCAGAAUUCAACCCUCAAAAAACACCAGACAAUUCACACAAGGGAGAAGUCCUAUGAAUGUAAGGAAUGUGAAAAAGCCUUCAACCAGAAGUCAAGCCUAGGAAUGCACCAGAGAAUUCACAUGGAGAGAAACCAUACGAAUGUAAUGAGUGUGGGAAGGCUUUCAGUCAGAAGUCAAGCCUAGGAAAACACCAGAGAACUCACACAGGGGAGAAGCCCUAUGAAUGUAAUGAAUGUGGGAAGGCUUUCACUGCAAAGUCAGGCCUAAGAGUACAUCAAAGGGUUCACACAGGAGAGAAACCCUAUGAGUGUAAUGAAUAUGGGAAAGCUUUUAGCAAGAAAUCUAGCUUAAGGUUACACCAGAGAACUUACACAGGGGAAAAAACCCUAUGAAUGUAAUGAGUAUGGCACUUCACCUAUAAAUAAAUCCUCAGAGGACUUCAGGAAACUCAUAAAAGGGAAAAACUCUCUAAAUAUACAAAUGUGAGAAAGCUUUUAGUGAGAAAUCUGGCUUAAGGUUACACCAGAGAACUCCUACAGGAGUUCUGUGAACGUAAUGAGCAUGGCAGAGCCUUCGCCUAUAGAUCAGUCCUCAGAGGACAUCGGGGAACUCAUAAAGGGGAAGAUCUUUAUUAAUGGGAUAAAUGUGGGAAAGCUCUCAGUCGUAAAUCAGGCUUAAGAAACCCUCAGGGGAUUCACACAGUGAAAAGGAACCCUAUGAAUGUAAGGAAUGUGGAAAAACUUAGAUCUUGAAGUCAAACCUCAGAGAUCACACACAGGAAAGCCUUAUGUGAACAUACUAAGCAAAGGAAAUCAUUGAUUGCAAAUCCAAUACGCAAGAGAAUUAUAGCUGUUCUGUGUUACAGACUUCAGACUGUUUUCCUGUAAGUUUUCCAGGGCCGGCCAUUUGCGUGAAUAUUUGCCCAGCUUGGCCUGCCCCUGCUCAUGUAUGUGUACGCCUGGCCCCACAAAACCUCUGACAUGUGUUUGCUAAUACAAGAAUGCUUUUUGAGACAUUCUAGAGAGUAUGUGUAAACAUCAGCCCUCCCUGGAUCCUAGAACCCCGAUAGAGAACUAGGAGUUCAGUGGGUCCGUGCAAACCUGUAGUCCCAGGUUGGAAUCUUGACUUAGCUACCUUCUGGGCCAGUGAUCUCCUCUCCCUGAGUCUCCGUUCCCUCAUUUGUGAAAUGUAACAGCCGCUCCCGCCUUGCGUGGUAGUGGUAAGGAUUAAGGUGCACGUGGUGGAAACAAAGCAAUGUCAGUUCCCUUCUGUGUUCAGAUAAUGCACACCUCCCAAGAGAUGCUUACGGAUAAAAUUGGGGGUUUAAAGAAGAGGCAGGAGUGUGGAGAUGACAGGAACUCGAAGGGAAAGGGAGAGAUCUGAAGGAGGGAUGGCAUCCGAGCAAGAGGAAUCCCUGCAGUGCUCUGAGCUCCUGGCUCCUUGGCCCUUUUCCAGGACAGUCCAGAUAUAGCCCCCUGGUGUUCACAGAUGCAGGCUCCGGGCCACAGCAACCGUCUCGAGAUGUGUGUGGACUGGAAAUGGGCGAAAGUGGGAGUUCUGUUGCCAGAGCACAUUUGGGGACCCUAAGGAUUUGGGUGAAGUCUGGGUUUCUCGACCAAGCCUUCCUUGCAGUUUCUUUAUAAUCUUUAAAAUAUGUAAAGGCUAACUAUAUCAUUCGAUUUUUACUUAAAGCAACUCAUAGUUUGAUUUACAAAUGCAUUUCUCUUUAAAAGAAAAGUUUGUAUUAGUAACACUAAAUGAAACCAGUUUAUAACUUGCCAUCUAUAGAAACUAAUUGAAAAAAAAUGUACAAAAACAGAACAGCAAUUUAAAACUUGUGAAUGUAUGAUCUAAUCAGUUUUUUUGUUGUUGUUGUUAUGUUAGUCACCAUACAGUACUUCAUUGGCUUUUGUUGUAGUGUCCCGUGAUUCAUUAUUUGCGUAUACACCCAGUGCUCAUUAAAAAUCAUCUCUAACAUUAGAAAAAUGACUUGAAGGAACCUCCUACGUGUAGGAAAGACUAUCAGCUCUUGGGGUCUUUCAGUCACUAAAAUAUCUCACUGUCUCAGGGUUCAAAGGGCUGAUGUGGCCUAAGCUAAUUUCCAUAAGGUGGAAGGAAGGAUGCAGCUCAAACCAGUUGUGAUGGAGACACAAAAAAUUGAAGUGUACAGUUUCUAGAUUACAGGAAUGAUCACAAGCAAAGAACUAUUGCAGAUCAGCACUCAUUCACCUAUCAAAGCAAGUGAUUUUCCCAUGUUUAGAAGUGGAGUUUGGGAUACCUAGUUUGUUUGGAAUGGCCUCAGCACCAUUUCAGAAAGUCUGAGGAAAACAUGCUCAUGGUUGGUUUUAGGGGCCCAAAUAUGGCACCUGGCUCCGGCCCCCUGCCAUGUUAUGGACAAAUCAAGUGCUGAGGAAGAAGAAAGGUGUAAUUCUUUCACACAGUCUCGCCCUUUCCGUUCCCAGCACCAGAGCUGUAGUUCAGACUCUUCUUUCUAAGACACUGAAAUGUUGCACAUGAAGAGAGAAUGUGGGAAACAUGCCACGUUGUGGAGUAUAAUGGAAUGUGUAUCUACGAACCCACCCCCUAACAGGAGUAAUAGUAUUGGUCAUGAUGGUGUAUCCACUGGUAUACUUACCCUACGGGCUAAUUCCAAAUUGUGUGCACUCGUGUGUGUGUCAGUGAUUUGCCUUUUAAAAAAUAGUAUUAUGAAUUAUGAAUCUGUAAACAGUAAUUGUUCGGUUCUACUGAUUUCGAGAUUAAUUAGAAUGGUCAUAUGUCCUGCGUUUUUUGAUUCAAUGUUACAUACCUAACAUUCGUACAUAUCGAUUUAUAUGGUUGUGCUUCAUUCAGUUUCAUUUAUGUAUAGCUUGAUAUUAAAAUGUAUUCAUUCGUGGUUUUGCGUAGGUAUUUUGGAAUAGAGAAAUGUAUUUCUAAAUUCUAACUUCUUGAAGGAAGAGAAAAAAGAAAUGGAAAGGUUGGGUUGCAGUCUCAUGCCAGGAUGUUGAUAGGAAACUUUCUGAUUCAGUUUACCUGGGCUGCAGGAUCUCAGCUGAAACUGUCCCAUAGUCUAAAAGAUGGUGUACAGUUACCAAGCAAGACUUGCAAAGAAGUGUCCAAAAGCUACUCUGUGACUCAUAAGUUCAGAAAACAUGAUUGGAUAGUUAUGAAGUGUUUUCUUCUUGAUAUUUGUUGGUAACUUUUUAAAACUUUUUACUAAGGUAAAGUAUGCAUAACAUAAAAUUUACCAUUUUAAUUAUUUUUGAAGUAUCUUUUCAGUGGCAUUAAAUACAUUCACAGUGUUGUGCAACCAUUUACCACCAUUCAUCUCCAGAACUUCCUUCAUCUUCCCAAAUUGAAAUUCCGUAUCCAUUAAACACUAACUCCCCAGUCUAUCCUACUUCCAGCACCUGGCAGACACCAUACUUCUGUCUUUACCAAUUUGACUAGUGUAUAUACAUCGUAUACAUGGACUCAUGCAGUAUUUGUCCCCGCGUGGCUGACUUAUUUUACUUAGCAAAAUGUCUUCAGGGUUCAUCACUGUGUGUAAGAAUUUCCUUCAUUUUUAAAGCUGAAUAAUAUCCCAUUGUGUGUAUAUACCAGAUUUUGUUUAUCCAUUUAUCUGUCUGUGGGCACUUGGAUUGCAUCUACCAUUUGGAUAUUGUGGAUAUUGCUGCUGUUAACAUGGAUGUAUGAAUAAUUCUUCAAGAUCCUGCUUUCAGUUCUUUUGAGUGCAUACCUGGAGGUAGAAUUUCUGCAUCAUACAGUAAUUCAAUUUUUAGUGUAUUGAGGAACAUUGCACCAUUUUCCAUAGCAUCUGCAUAGCAUUUUACAUUCCCACUAGCAGUGCACAAGGGUUUUGAUUUUCUUCACAGUCUCCCUGAUGUUGUUAUUUUCUGUUACUUUGAUAAUAGCUAUACUAAUCCUAAUGAUUAGUGAUACUGAACAUCUUUUCUUGUCCUUAUUGACAUUUGACUAUCUUCUUUGGAGGACUGUGUAAUGAAGUUUUUUACCCAUUUUUUAAUCAGGUGGUUUGUUUUAUUGUUGUUAAAUUGUAGUUCUUUAUAUAUUCAGGACAUCACUCUCCUGAUGGAUAUAUGGUUUCCAGAUAUUUCCCCAGUUUUGUGGCUUGCCUGUCUAUUCAUUCUGUCGAUAGACUCUUUCACAUAUUUCAGUUUAUUUUUUUUCUUUUGUUACCUGUGCUUUGGGCAUAUUCAAUAAAUCAUUGCCAAAUCUAAUGUCAUGAAGCCUUUCCCCUAUGUUUUCUUCAAAGAGUUUUAAAGUUUUAGCUCUUACGUAUAGAUAUCUGAUUGAUUAAUUUUUUAAAUAUGGUGUACAGUUAGGGUCCAAC